AUGUCGCCAUAUUUCCAAGAUAUGUUGGAUGGUGUUGCUGGUAUUGGACCUGGUUACAAGGGGCUUUCUUAUGAUAAGUUAAGGGUUCAUUUGUUGUCUGAUCUUAAAAGAGAAAGUCAAAUGCUAGUUGAUAAUUAUAGGAGUGCAUGGAAGGAAACUGGAUGUACCAUCAUGGCUGAUGGUUGGACAGAUCAAAGACAAAGAACGUUAAUCAAUUUCUUGGUGUAUUGUUCUAAAGGUUUGUGCUUCGUGAAAUCAGUAAAUGCUUCCAGCAUGGUAAAAAAUGCUUCACACUUGUGUAAUUUGUUUUCUGAGGUGAUUGAAUGGAUUGGCCUAAAUAAUAUUGUGCAUGUUGUGACUGACAAUGCGGCCAAUUAUGUUGCUGCUUGUAGGCUUAUCAAUAGAAAAUAUGAUAAUAUCUAUUGGUCACCAUGUGCUGCUCAUUGCCUUAAUCUUAUUUUAAAAGAUAUAAGCAGCAUGGUACAUAUUUCUAACCUUGCAACUCGUGCUUCAAAGAUCACAGUAUUUGUGUACAAUCAUACGGUUUUCUUAUCUUGGCUAAGACAAAGACCUCAUUGGAGAGAAAUUAUACGUCCUGGUGCAACUCGGUUUGCAACUGUAUUUAUUACAUUGAAGAGCAUCUUUGACCGUAAAAAGGAGUUGCAACAAUUGGUUGUAGAUUCAAUUUUCACUGAUCAUAAAUUAGGAAGGAAUGCUACUGGUAGAGCCGUGAGUGCUAUUAUUCUGGACUGCAAAUUUUGGGACGAUUGCUUUACUAUAUGUAAACUUGUGGGCCCUCUGAUUUACUUGCUGAGGGUUGUUGAUGCUGAUGACAAACUAUCUUUGGGAUAUAUUUAUGAAGGAAUGCUAAGGACAGAAGAUGCAAUUAAGGAGAUGUUUAGGCAAUCCAAGACUGCAUAUUAG